AUGGCUUCAAAGAAUCGUUUUAUUACCUUUGGUUUUUUGGUCUUCUUUUUGAUCCUGGUGCUUUUACCAUAUGCGAAAGCUUGGGAUAAUGAGGAUCACGAAAUAUUUACACUAGUGGACGAAUUAGAAGCUUCUGAGGGAAAGGAUGUAAACUUUUACUCCUGGCUUGGUUUAGAACCUACUGCCUCAGAAAAAGAUAUUAAUAGAGCAUAUAGAAAAUUGUCACUUGCAUUACAUCCUGACAAAAAUCAUGACGCCAAUAGCAAAGAAAGGUUUUCUCGAUUAGGCGCCAUUACGACAAUUUUACGUAAUCCAGAUAUGAGGGAACGGUACAAUUUCUUCUUAAAAAAUGGAGUGCCAAAGUGGCGUGGUACUGGAUAUUAUUAUAAACGAUAUAGACCCGGACUAGGAACCGUUUUGACAGGAUUAUUAGUAUUAGGUUCAUUUUUGCAUUAUAUGGUAAUGUGGGUAAAUUACUAUCAAGAAAAAAGAAGAAUUCGUUAUUAUAAACAAGAAUCGAGAGAAAUUGCUUGGGGAAAAAGAAUGAAAAAGCAACAAACGAGAAAGCGUGUUUAUGUAAAUGAUUUAGCAUUUGUAGUCGAAGGCGAUUAUGUUGCUUUAUUAGCUGAAGAUGGAAUAGAAUACGUGUUGGAUGAAGAAGAAAUUGAUCAACCUAAAGUAACUGAUGUGAUGAUUUUUAUUUUGCCCAAGUGGUUCUAUGGAAAUAUUGCAAAUACAUUUACCAAAAAAAAAUCUUCCAAUACUACCGAUUCUUUAAAAACACCCGAGAAAGAAGUUAUUAGCAGCGAUAGUGAACGUAGGGAGGAUGGUGAUAAAAAGAUAAAAAAGCGUAAAGGUGGAAAAAAAACAAAAUACUAG